GUGAAAACACGAUCAAAAUGGCUAUCAAAAAAAUCUUUAUUUUCAUGGCAUUGGCUUUUGCAGUUGAUGCCUUUAAAUGGAAACAUUGCGGUAGGUUUGUAAAGUUUGUGUUUGUUUUUAUUUUGCUUCUGUUUUUCUCUUUGAUUUUCUCCUCAAGGUUCACGAUCCUCGAUCAUCCUGGGUGUUUUAACACUCUCGCUGUUCUCAAAAAAUUGAGAGAAAAGCCUUGAUUCAUAAGAUAGAAUACAAUGUUGACGAAAUAUCUAUCCAAAACCUAUGGGUCUUGUAAAAUUUCGAGCAAUUUCAAAGUUCCUCCGGUGUCCUUUAAUUUUCGACGAUUGUGUUCGCUCUCAAAGUGGCGGAUUUUAUGAAAAACUAUCUAGAAACUCUCGCGUUAUUUUGAGUCACGCAUUCUUGGAGAAAUAUAAUUUUCUGUCAAUAUUGCGGGUUGGCAAAAUUGAUACAAAAUCUCAGAGAACCACAUAUCUUAAAAACGUUGCUUUGAAAUUCAAAGUCUUAAAAAUAAAUAUGCACUUAUAUGGACAAGAGCUACAUAUGGAGGCCAUAUUAGAAACUACUUCUAGAAUAUUGCAGGAGUUGCCUAGACCUGGGAAGUCUCAAACUCUCGUAUCGACCAUUCGCCAACACUAGUUGGGCUGGCACUUAAGACUAAGGUCAAUUAUAAAGAAAUGAUGGCUCAACGAUUCUGCUCUUAGAUUUGACUAAACAUACCUGAGCCAUAACCUCUCUGAUCAAUUUUAUUCUUAUUCUGAGAAGAAAGCAUGAGGAUAUUUAAGGAAAAAAAAUGACGUUUUAGUCCACUUAUUAAGUUUACAACAAAAUAUUUCCUUAAAGUUUCAGCCGUUGGCGGAAAAUUGCGGGAUUAUCUGACAAAUUUUAAUAUGUCCACGAUAUUUGGUUUUUUUUUCUCUUUUAGUUAAAUCAUGUGGGAGAAAUUUUUUUCCUUUUUCGCGGUAUAAACUCUGGAUUGAAUUUCAGCAGGUUUAAAAAUUGUCUAUCUAAUUUUCUUUCGCCAAUUUUUUUUCUUUCGUCAUUUCGUGCAGCGGAGCAACUUCAUUCAAAAUCUUAUUAUUUGCAUACAUGGAGGCUUAAUUUAACCAGCUGCGUUUGAGGAUUUUCUUUAUCUCACUGAGUUUUCAUUUUACAUGAUAGAGGACAACUUGCCCUUAAGGGUGGAUUCGUUAAGCCUCUCCCCGCAUCCCCUGAGGCUCAGGAAAGGACAAAGAGUUACGUUAGGAGGAAAGUUUCGUGUUGGUGAAAACGCUGGAACAAACUACAAAGUUGAUGCCUUAGUAUGGAAAAAACUGCCAAUAAUCGGAUGGGCCAAGGUCCCCUGUUUUGGGAUGUGGUAGGUUUUUCAGUGAAGUUCGUCUUUUUUCUUUUUGCCUUUUUUCUUGUGGUGUUAACAUGGGAUCUUUUCCAUAUCAUUGAAUUGUGCUUGCCCUCGUUUUCAGACAGAGGUUAUAGAUCUUAAUCUUGGAGAUGGUCUAAAGACUUUUAAAACAGUGGAUAAUAGCGCAAAUACAUGAAAAUCGAUAUCACAUAUCAACAUUAUUCUACCCUCUGUAUCAUGUGAUAAAACCUAGGUCUUUUUUUUCCUUCCUCUCCCUUUUCAUCAUUAAAUGCAAGUGGUCGAUCAAUUAUUAUAUAAACUAAGGAACCAGUCAUUUUUGUAUCGCCGUGGGGGGAAGGGAGGGGUGGUGUGGGGGAAGAGGAAUAUUAUAAAGCCUUAUGGGUGUUCAGGUAAAUUUUAUUGAGGCACAAUCAAACCCCUUUCCCCCCUCCCACUUAGGCGAUGUGAAGUGACCUAUUCCUUAAUUGGCUCUCUUCUUUCUUUCUGAACUGUCGUUAUCUGCAGCACCCAUUCCAUUCGAUGUGAAAAGCUGGUGGACUUCUUGAAGGGGGCAAAAUGCCCACUGGCGCCGGGAAGUUACGAGGUUAAACAGCAGACACACUCUAUGCCUGACAUUCCCAUCCCAUCGUUCUUAAAAAAUGUA